CAGAAGAGCAAAAAAGAAGAGAAGCUGAGCAUAAUAGCAGAGAAAAGAGGAUAGUACUAGAAAAGCAAUACAAAGAAAAAAUAAAAUUAAAAGAAGAAUAUGAUCAAAUAGAAAAGACUAAGCUAGUUCGCAAGCAAAAAGAGCUAUUAAUAGUUAAAGAAAAAGAGGAAGAAGAAGAGAUGUUCUGUAAUUAUGAAUCCCUCAUCACUCAGGAAGUUAAAAGAAUCAAAGAAAAGAAAGCUAACAAAGAAAAAACAGCAAUAGAAAUCCUGUUUCAAGAUGAUCAAUCAAUAGAGUUCCCAAAGAUCACUAUAGAAAAAACGGCUAAAGCAAAAUUAACACCUGAAGCAGAAAUGAAAGUCUAUAUUCCACAAGUAGAAGACAAAAUUGUAGAAGAUAUAGUAGAACAAAAA